AUGAAUGCGCCUUAUCGAAUUUUUCCAAGAGUGACUUAUGAGAAUAUUCAAAAGUCAUUGGGAUUUAGGAAUUAUCGUCACAUUGCCCACUACUUUAAGGAAAGAAAUAUCGAAGAAGAAGGGGUAAGAGAUUCGUUCUUUGACAUGCAAGCUGGUCAUGCACGAAGUACGGCUUUGUUAAUUUAUGGUCGCACUUCCGAUAAUUUGAAAAACUUGCCGGCGGAUUUUUUCACAAACUUUUUUCGGACAAGUUUUCGAUGGCAAGAGCUGUUAGAAAUCAAAGGAAAUAGCAGUGGUGGAUUCAUAAUUGAAACCUGCAAGCCACAAAACAAAAUUGACCAAUUAUUGGAAAAAAUUGACGAAAUAGAAAUGACGCAACAACGUUUGUUGUACGGCGACAAUUAUGAAAACACACAUGUCGUCGAAAAAGAUAUUCGUGGGCAAGGACAACAAGGUCAAGAGCUGAAUUUGAAUCAAGCAGCCGUUGCUAUUGUUCCAAGGACAAUGACAAGGAUUGGGACUGGGACUGGGACUGGGACUGGGAAUGAGGAACAGCAAUCGCAAAGUAACCCAAGUUUGUAUGCACCAUCGCCAUCACCAUCACCAUCUAUGUGUCCAUCUCAAUCGACGAUUCGACUUUGCGUGUAUGCUUUAUCAAAGUUUUAUGGUAAACCAUCAAAGUUUCGUUCUAUGGAGCAACUUCAGUCUGUCUAUUUUUCGUAUUUAAAACGUGUCAACUUGAUCUCGGUACUUGCAACAGGUUCAGGGAAAUCUCUGUCUUUUUUAUUGCCUGCCUUUAUUGAAAAGAAAAAGCGGACUGGACUUAUUACUGUCGUUUUGGUACCUCUCAUCUCUCUACGGCAGGAUAUGGCACGAAGAGCAAACGAGGCGAGAACUCUGGUUUGUUCUAAUGACUGGAAAGUAUAUAAGCGGACUCCGCCAGAUUCAUCUAAUCUACCGGAUAUGUUUAUUCUUUCUUAUGACUCGGCAUUGACGAACGAAGCACUGUGUUUUUUUGAGAGUCUGGCUGCCAAUGGACGGCUAGCCCGCAUUGUUAUUGAUGAGGCACAUAGUUUGUUGACAGAUGGCAGUUGGAGGCACGUGUUGUGGAAAGCGUCGAGAUUGUCUGGGAUUGCGGCGCCAAUUAUUCUUCUUAGCGCUACGUUUCCCCGUGAAUUAGAGGUUCGUGCUAGCGAGACGUUUUGUACGCAUUUUCAAGUAAUCAAAACAUUAACGGCUCGAAAAAACAUUCAUUACUUAUUAAAGCAGCUUGACAAGGAACACUUUUUAAGCGAUCUCCGCGACUUGAUGAUAAGAGCCAGAGUUUUCGAAGGAAAUGGCCGAGCAAUUAUAUUUUGCAGGACAAAGAAAAAUGUGGAGGAAUUGCGAGUAAAAAUAAACUCUUCAGAAAGGAUUGAAACUUGUGCCGUUUCGUAUACAGGAGAUAUGGCAGAGGAAGAACGAAAUAUAUAUUUCAAUAUGUUUACAGACUUGGAAAGCAAUGACAACCGUAUUAUGGUAGCCACGAAAGCUUUUGGGCUUGGUAUUGAUUACCCGGAAGUGCGUCUUGUAAUGCACUAUGGGUCACCUUCAACGUCUAUGGAUUUUGCUCAAGAAACAGGUCGUGCUGGAAGGGAUGGUAAAUUUUCGAUUGCUGCUAUGUUUUACAGCAAGUAUGAAGUGUCUACAUCAGCGUAUAUUGACGUUAGGAUGAAAAAUUUCGUUGAGGACAAGUCAAUGUGCGUUCGGUCGUUUUUAGCAAGUGAGAUGGAUGGUCAAUGCAGUGGCUGUGAUUUUAUGCCUGACUAUGUCGUUUGUUCUCGAUGUAACCCGGGAUUGCUGGAUGAAAGAGAAAAAGAAAGAGAAGAAGAGCAGCUCUCUGUUGAGAAGGACAAGGACAAGGAUAAGGACAAUGAUAAGGACAAUGAGACAUUGACACCGACACGGAAGAAGAUUAUUGCCAAUGGAUCACCACCCACACCGCAAAGUGCUUGUUCUUUAGAUGCUUUUUCUGCUGAUUCGAGGUUGAUGGAUUGCACAAUCUCAAAAGAUAACAAAGAGCGUGGUGGUAGUUUUAGUGAGAAUGCUGUUGAAGUAAUCUCAUGCAGCCAAUCUGGAUUGCCUGCUCGUGGUGGUAGUCAUGGUCAUGGUCAUUCAAAUAGAGUCACCCCAGUAAGUUCGACAAGCAAGACAGAUGUUUCUAGCAGCAAAUCAGGUCAUUCUGAAACAACUUUAUUCUCGUCGCCGACACUAUCGAAAAGCACUAACGUUAGAAAACGUUCGUUUCUAGAAACUCAUGGCGAUGGUGAUGAUGAUGAUAAUAAUUUGCACAAGAAGAAUCAACUGGGAUAUGAUAAUCGGUGCGAAGGUGUUAAAAGGCAUUGGAUGGCCAGUUUGUCAAAGCCAAGUUUGUUGGAAAAGUUUUUCAGAGAAUUUGGAAAGGAAUGCAUAUCGUGUUUUGUUGAACAAGGUGGAGACCGAUCUGUAAUACACAAGAAUACAUGCCCUUUAGAGGUAAAAAGAUGCUUUCGAUGCCGACAAAAAGAUCACACGAGAUUCAAGUGUCCGUAUGAUUUUCAGUUUUCGGGAGCUUGUUUGUAUUGUGGAUUGACGAAAUUUGAACAUUUAGAAGAGGAUUUCCCGGACAAGUCAAAGUGCAAAUCGUGGGCUAGGGGAAAACUUGGCAAAGUUGCUUUUUUUGCUUGGAGCAAUGCGAAUUAUAAGCAAGCGAUUGCUAAUGAAUUUCUAGAGGGGAAUUUGGAUGAUCAGAAUUUUUUUAACUUUAUUUGUCAGCCGAGUGGCGUGACAUCUGAAUUUGUGAAUGUUGUUUACUUUGUAGUGAGUGACAUUCUUAAUGCUCUUUGAGAGGAUUGAGACUUGGAUUUGAACUUGAACUUGAACUUGAACAUUUCAAACAUGCAGAGUGGAUCUAGAAAGUUUUAAAGAUUUUAUGAAACAACAUCAAAUGUGUUGGUGUUGGUGUUGAUGUUUAUG